GAUAAAGAGAGGUAGGAAAAUGGUCAUGUACAAAUGAACCCAAAAACCCACACAAAUGUUACAGAAAUACAAGAAAAAUGUCAAAUGUGGGCCCGUUAAGUGUUCUCUAGUGCAGCGGCAAGGGACCUUUAUGGAAAGACUGCUGUGGUGGUAAAAUGGGUCAAAGGAGAAAAAGGAUGUGUGCCUUCAGAGCAGCAGCAGACAGAUACUUCCUCCCUCCAUGCUUCCCUUCUCUUAUUAGCUGCAAAUGCAGAGUACAUAACUGGAUUAGUUACAGUACUAGUACUGAAAACUUUUGAACUUUAGUUUCAUGCCUGUUUAUGUGACCUGUAAUUAUUUUGCGAUGUCUUUCUCAUUUGUCUACAUGCAGCCUGUACAUGAAGCAGGCAAUGUUUCUUUUGACUAAGUUCUCUAUUGCUCUUUAUUGCUUCUUGUUUCACCGCUUGUGGGUCAGCGGUCAGGUGACACUUAACCGUUUAUAUAUGCAUUUUUUUGGCCUUGUGCCUGUUGUGUGUCCGUGAUCGUACACAAAAGUCACUGCAGGCUGCAACAAACGAAAUGUAAUUUUCUCAUUUUCAUGCAACCUGCAGGUGAGUGUAACGCGUCUGCACAGCCACUAGUGAGCACUAAGGUCGCAGGCGGCUGCUGGAAGCAGUGAGAGCAGAGUUUAGUGGAGGAGCUACGGCGUCCGUAAUUUAACUCGGGCGAAGUUCGCUCUGAGGAGAGCUUUCUGUGAGCUACAGCAAACGAAACCGUGGAAACAAUGAUUCACAAAAUCAUUCCGUCUUAGAUUUUAGCCGUUUUACCUUCAUUUACAUACGAGCACUUAAGAUUGCCCUGAAUAUUUGCAUUUCACCUCAGCGUGUGAGUGUGGGAGAUUGGAGGAUGUAGCUGGAGUUGCUGUCGGACUACGAGACAAUGGAGCUGAUGAGCAAGCAGAGGCUUGACUCAGCAAGCCUAGAUUCAUCAGUCAGCCCUUAAGCAAAGAUCUAAGAGGCUUUUACCUUCUUUAACUGUUUUGUUUUUCCCUCCCCCUACCCCUUACCUCUGUUAGCCUGCAUUCUUCCCUUCUGUCCGCCCCCCCCCCUCUUUAUUCUACUCUUUGUCUCGUCUCUUCCUUACCUUAGUGCAUGUUUUUUUUUUCUUUUGCUACACUGCUUCUCUCUCGCUUGCUACUUUCUUUUCUCCACACGUUUUCUUUCUCAACUCCUACUGUCUAAGGUCCAAAGUGGCCCUUUUCCCACCAUCUGGAUUUUUACUGAAUUCCUGAAUUCCCAAAUCCCUCCCUACACACACACACGCACGCACACACACACACAUAAACCAUGAGGAAACAGACUCAUCGUGUUUUACUGGCCUGUGUGGUCAUCAGCUCAAUCACAGUAUUUUAUCUCAGUCUUAGUGCCAUAGAAUGCCCAAACUCGCGGUCUCGGGGUGCAUGGGGAGCAAGCCAACAACUUCACAGGAAUCUCAGUUACCCCUUGCCAGUUCCUGUAGAAUACAGUGAAGACAGUCCUCUAAUUUUUGUCGGUGGGGUACCUCGUAGCGGCACCACUUUAAUGCGGGCUAUGCUGGACGCCCACCCUGAGGUGCGUUGUGGAGAGGAGACCCGCGUCAUCCCACGUCUUUUAGCCAUGCAGGCCACCUGGAGCCGCUCAGCCCGGGAGAGGGUCCGUCUGGAUGAAGCUGGUGUUACGGACGAGGUUCUGGACUCGGCUAUCCGCGCCUUCCUGCUGGAGAUCAUUGUGGGCCAUGGUGAACCUGCGCCGCGGCUGUGUAACAAAGACCCUUUUGCGCUAAAAUCCCUUACAUACCUCUCCAAACUUUUUCCCAAUGCCAAAUUUGUGCUGAUGCUUCGCGAUGGCCGGGCCACAGUUCAUUCCAUGAUCUCACGCAAGGUGACUAUCACAGGAUUUGACUUGACUAGUUACAGGGACUGCCUGGUGAAAUGGAACCGAGCCGUAGAGGUCAUGUACGACCAGUGCCAGGCUGCUUCAGAGAGGAGCUGUCUGCCUGUGCGCUAUGAACAGCUGGUGUUGCAUCCAGAACAAGUGAUGCGAAAGCUGCUCCAAUUCCUGGAUCUUCCCUGGGACCCGUCAGUGCUGCACCAUGAGCAACUCAUUGGGAAAGUUGGAGGGGUGUCGCUGUCAAAGGUUGAACGGUCAACGGACCAAGUUGUCAAUCCAGUGAAUACAGAGGCCCUGUCUAAGUGGGUGGGCAAAAUUCCAGAUGAUGUGGUGAAGGACAUGGCUGACAUUGCACCAAUGCUAAGACGCCUUGGUUAUGACCCUCUCGCCAACCCUCCAGACUAUGGCAAGCCAGACACCUUACCACUGAACAAUACUAAACAGCUUCAGGGAGGCAAAGCAAACACAGAAGAUGUGUUUCAUCCUAGCUAAUCCAAGAUGGAAGACCUGAUUCACCUUUCAUGAACAGUUGAAUUGUGCCUUUGAGGUGCAUAUAGGAAGCAGACUUAAGACAUUACACUGAAAUUUCAUCCUAUGCGUCAGCCCUCCCUGCCUAUGGAUGACAUCAGGUGCAUUUGAAAACAUAUUCACACACAAUUUACCUAAACAGCCUGUUGGCCAGUACCGUAAUUUGUUUUAUGUGUCUUGGUUGAAGAAAAUAAAUAUUUA